CGGAGCCGCACAAUAGCUUCAGUCGGUUCCCUUCCUCAACGGGCGCACGGUGUCACCAUUCCGAAAACGGUGCUCCUGACUCCGAUCGAAACUUGGAAGAUUUGCAACAUCAGCCAGUCCUUAAUCUCGAUCGAUACGCUGGUGCUCCAAUACGAUCUCGACUCGAGUGUCCUUCCUUCGACUCGAUAAAGUAGAAAUGUAAAGUCGUGGGAACGUUCAGGGGCACGCCAUCGGCAGUGAGUUAGCAGCGAGUAGAUUCGAUCUUGCCCGUGAUACGAGCGAUACGCGAGUGCGAUUUGUGACUGCGCAAUGUGUUACGAUGAAGUAGAAUAGGCAGAAAGACCAGACUGAGAAGAAGGGGUCGACUUGCUUUCAGACAAGAUGAGGAGCGCGAGUAGUUUGGAUCAGUACAACGACGACGACUUCUUCAGCGGUGGCCCCUGUCCUUCUUGUCGAUUAGCCAUUAACAAGGAGACUGGUCGACUCAAGUGGUGUAUGGGCGGAAACGAUACCUGGCGUUUCCGAGUAAAACUGAUGCUCCUGAUUCCCGCCGUGUUACUGCCGAUCACUAUAAUCUUCAUCGCCCUGUCGCGCUCGCAGGUGAUCGGCAAGGCUCCUUAUCAUCGCACGUACUUGGUCCACGCGACCAAGAGGCAGGACGAGAGGACCGAGGAGACUUUUCCGCCAGCGACCAGCCGCAGCGAGACAGAGCGGACCGGUGAAGAGGAGGAAGAAGACAGAAUCCUAGUACCUGGAAUGAAAACUAGCUACGUACCAGUGGAAACUCUACUUUCGCCACGACAGCUGCAACGACACAAGAGAGACCUGGACGGGGAUAGUCGAGGAUCCUCCUCGUCUGACACAUCGAACGCCGCGUCCUCCAGGAUUUUAUAUUCGAAUCUACGCGAUACAAGGAUAGCAGAUUGGCGAACGGGGAACGAUCUGCUCAGAUCUGGUGUCGAGAACGAGAAUCGCGAGGGGUUGUCGCUGGACGAGCGAGAACGAACACGUGAUCAGUCAGCGGACUACGACGCUGAGAAAAUAGAUGAUCAAAAUUUCGACCCCGACUUGAACAACUUUCUGGACGAUUAUUAUCCCGAAGUGGACGCCGAUGAGGUCAAAGAAAACUCCGAGAUACAAAACAACGACUAUCGAGAAUACAGCGAACACACGCAAGACACACGGAGGAACGAAGAAUUGCGCCCCAAGUUCUUCAAGUACGACAAUAUCCAGGAACGUUCUCAGGACGAGUCAGACGAAGGCGAACAAGGCGGUAGACACUCGAUUUCCGUCGACGAUUCGGACACCAGUUUGCCGAUCGCCGACGACCAAGGAGACGAAGACACCGGUACGGACUUCCACGCGUUUUGGAAAGGCGAAGGGAACGCGUGGGCCAUCAGAGAGGCUCAAGCAAAAAUCAUGCUCAAGUACAUGGACAGGAGCGCUGAUCCUUGCGAGGACUUCUAUCAGUUUGCCUGCGGCAACUGGGCCAAACACAAUCCUAUUCCUAAAGACAAAGCUGCCUACGAUACCUUCGAAAUGAUCAGAGAGUCAUUGGACUCCGUGUUGAAAGAACUUCUCGAAGAUCCUGUACCGAAGGAACCGGAAAUCAACACGGACGACGCGACUGUGAAAGCUAAAUAUUUGUUCCAGAGUUGUAUGAAUUACGAGAUCUUGGAGCAACGCAUGGAACGGCCGCUUAUACAGCUUCUAGACGAACUAGGCGGAUGGCCCAUCUUGAGACCCGAUUGGGACCCAGAAAAGUUCGAUUGGCUUCUCUUGGUCGCGCAAUUGAGGCUUUACAACAACGAUAUUCUUAUUUCGGAAUGGGUCGCGCCGGAUAUUAAGAAUAGCGAUCAAUACGUUAUACAGUUCGAUCAGACAUCACUGGGUCUACCUACGAGAGACUACUUUCUCCAGCCAUCGAAUACGAUCUAUUUGAAAGCUUAUAAGAAUUAUUUGAUAAAGAUCUCCACUCUCUUGGGUGCAUCCUUGCAGAACGCCACUAUAGAUGCUGAAGAAUUGAUAGAAUUCGAGACCAAACUCGCCAAGAUCACGUCCUCCCCUGACGAGAGAAGGAACGUUUCGGAAUUGUAUCAGAGAAUGAGUAUCGGAGAACUGAGAACUCUGGUGCCACAGAUUAACUGGCAUCGGUAUUUGACUAUCGUUUUAGCUCGACCAACGAACGUUUCCGAACCAGUCGUUGUUUAUGCGUUGCAGUAUAUCCAAGACUUGGUAAAUCUACUCUCGAAGACUAGCCCAAGAACUAUCGCGAAUUAUCUUCUAUGGCGAUUCGUCAGGCACAGAGUGAACAAUUUGGACGAUAGGUUUCAAGAUGCCAAGCAAAAAUUUUACUACAUUCUCUUUGGAAGGGAACAAGCACCGUCUAGGUGGAAAAAUUGCGUGGCACAGGUGAACUCCAACAUGGGUAUGGCUGUGGGCUCGAUGUUCGUAAAAAAGUACUUCGACGAGAAAAGCAAAAAUGAUACUCUGGCUAUGACCCGUGAGAUACAACGGUCCUUUAGAGAGCUUUUAAAUCAAACCACCUGGAUCGAUGACGAAACGAAAGAAUUGGCUACCGAGAAAGUAAAUGCGAUGCUAUUAAGAAUCGGCUAUCCGGAUUUUAUUUUACAGUCUGAAUUGUUGAACGAACGUUACAAGGAUGUCGUGAUCCGUCCAGAUAAGUACUUCGAGAACACGUUGAAUAUCUUGCAACAUUUGACCAGGGUAGAACAGGAUCGGCUUGGCAGCCCUGUUAACAAGACCCUCUGGAACACUGCGCCGGCAGUGGUGAAUGCUUACUACAGUCGCAGCAAGAAUAGGAUAAUGUUUCCAGCUGGCAUACUACAGCCGCCCUUUUAUCACAGAUACUUUCCACGGAGUUUAAAUUACGGUGGGAUCGGCGUUGUGAUCGGUCACGAAAUUACCCACGGCUUCGACGAUAAAGGUCGGCUGUUCGAUAAGGAUGGUAAUCUACAUAGAUGGUGGAAAGAUGAGGCUAUUCAUGGCUUUCACGAACGAGCUCAGUGUCUUAUCGACCAGUAUAGUCAUUAUGUCGUGAGCGAAGUUGGAAUGCAGAUUGAUGGAAUGAAUACGCAGGGCGAAAAUAUCGCGGACAAUGGCGGCAUUAAACAAGCUUUUCGAGCUUACGAAAGAUGGUUGCACGCAAAUGGAGACGCUGACGAAACUCUGCCUGGCUUAAUCGCGACCGGAAAGCAUUUGUUCUUUCUGAACUUCGCCCAAGUGUGGUGCGGAUCAAUGAGACCGGAAGCUACCAGAAACAAAUUGAAAACCGCCGUGCAUUCACCCGGCAAGUUUCGCGUGAUCGGUACUUUGUCGAAUUCAAAGGACUUCGCAGAAGUAUUUCAUUGUCCUCUAGGUGCACCCAUGAACCCAGUUAACAAAUGUUCCGUUUGGUGACGAAUUACGUGCUUGUUUUCUCACCAAGCCCAUCAUCACUUCCAUUGUCAAACGAGAAAUCAGUCAGAGCAGUGUGAUUUAAAAAUGGAAAGAAAGAAAAGAAAAACAGGAAAGACGAAAAAAGGGAAAAAAGAAACGAAUUUGUUGCUCGAUUAAAUAAAACAAAUGAUAUUACGGUGGAAGUGUAAUUGUUGAAACGAAUCUUCACGUUUCGAAGAAUAUUCAGUCAAGUCUUCGUUAUUGGACGAAACUAUAGUUCCACGCUUUGAUGAUAGUUGAUGCUAUAGAGUAUGCGAUUUGCGUUGAAAUUAGAAGAACAAAGAAUAGGAUAAAGGAACCGACGAACCGGAGGAAAAUGGUGAAAAUAGUCACUGUUGAGUAAUUCUAAGUUAUCGUUUAAGGAGUAACGGGCAUGCAAUCUAAUUGACUAAGGGCACAAUUCGUACUAACAAAAUAUGUUGUGUAGUAAUAAAUAAAAGAAUUCUUUUACGCGAUAUUACGGCUUAGUGGUCCGAGUAUCGCGUAACGGAAGUGCCUCGUAGAUGUUAAAACAACUGUGCUGUUUAAUCGCGUUGUAAGAAUGAAGUUGUAAAACAAAUACCAAAGACAAUAAUAAUUUCAGACAGUCAUAAAAA